AUGAAUAAAGUAAAAUAUGUACCCCUGUUGUGGAGACACAAGGCGGUACUUAACACGACGGGGCGUAGACGGUAUCAUCAUAACAUUAACAAUUUGGAGAAAAUAUUUUACUCAAGUGGGAAAUACACGAAUACCGCUAGGCGUAUAACGUGCCACAAGUGCCACUGUGACAUCAGCCUUGACGUGGUUCCCCUCAGUUGUGAAACCUGUAGCGCCCUGCUCCACGUUGAUGCAUUCAAACAGUUUAACUUUUUUGAGCUCUUUGGCCUACAAGCCACCUACGACAUAGACAAAGGACACUUAAAACAAAAAUUUAACAACAUACAAAAGCUGUAUCACCCCGACAAACAUGCGCAAAAUGAGCAGCUUGAACAGAUAAACGAAGUCUCCAGCUACCUGAACAGUGCAUACAAAACUUUGCAGAAUGAUGUGGAUCGAGCCCUCUACUUGUUGAGUAUCCAAUACAACUAUAAGAUCCCGGAGGAAGAGAACCUAGAGGAUAGCGAGUUCCUCGCAGAAAUUGUCCAGGUGAACGAACGGAUUGGAGACCCCGAAGCAAAUAUUACCCUGAUGACCAAGGAGUAUAAGGAUAAGUACGAGGAACACAUUGAAAAAAUUAAACUUUAUUUUGAUAAAGGGGAUUUUGAGCAUAUAUUGAUGGCCCUAAAAAAAUUGAAGUUCAUAAAUAGAAUACUGGACCGCCUUCAAAACGUUUGA